AUGGGUGUGCAUGUGGUGGUGAUUAAGAGAAGGGAUUUGAUCAACAAGAAUUAUUUGUCCAACAACACUCAUAUUUCUGGUCGUUUGAUCCCCAAGAGGGGCCAAGUGAAGUUGGGAAUUGUUGUGGGCUUGUUUCAUACUGUAUCCUCUCUUUUCUCCUCCAUUACUACACGAUGUAUAGGAUUGUUUUCUCCAUCCAAUCAUUUGAUUGCUCUAAGUUCUAUAACUUGUAGUUAUGUUGGGUAA